CUGACGUCUUGCCACUGUCAGAUGCGAUGCUCCCUCCGCUCGCAGCCUCGCAGAAAAGGAAUAAUGUUGUCAUAUUUUUCUUCUUUAUUCAACCAUGACAGCGGGAGAGAGCACAAUGGCGACCUCAACCUCUUGCGGAGAAGCAGCUGAGCUCCUCUCCCCUCACAACGUCAGGGGCCUCCUCGACUCCGUAGAUGCUUUCCUCUUUGACUGCGAUGGUGUGAUCUGGAAAGGAGACACUCUCAUCGAUGGCGUUUCUCAGACGCUCGACUUGCUUCGUUCAAAGGGGAAGAAGCUGGUUUUCGUUACGAAUAAUUCGACCAAGUCGAGAAGGCAGUAUUCCAAGAAGUUCCAUUCUUUAGGAAUUUCGGUUAGUGAGGAUGAGAUUUUCUCCUCAUCCUUCGCUGCAGCUAUGUACUUGAAAGUUAGUAACUUCCCGCAGGAUAAGAAGGUUUACGUGAUAGGAGGGGAAGGCAUACUGGAAGAGCUACAGCUUGCCGGAUAUACCAGUCUUGGUGGCCCUGAAGAUGGAAAAAAGUUGGUGGACCUGCAAGCAAAUUCCCUGUUUGAUGAUAAAAUUGUUGGAGCAGUUGUGGUUGGGCUAGACCCAUACAUCAACUACUACAAGCUUCAGUAUGGAACUCUAUGCAUCCGCGAGAAUCCCCAGUGUCUUUUCAUUGCCACAAACCGUGAUGCAGUUGGACAUAUGACCUCUUCACAGGAAUGGCCAGGUGCAGGGUGUAUGGUUGCUGCUGUCUGUGGUUCAACCGAAAGGCAGCCUAUUGUUGUUGGGAAGCCUUCAACCUUUAUGAUGGAUUUUUUGCUACAAAAAAGCACUUGCCGUUGCAUCUGUAGGUGGUUGAUGAGCACGCGAAACAUCUCCCAAUGUAGGGGUAUUGGCAUUACCAUUGGCAGAUUCAUUUGGGUUUGAAUGAUUAA